UACGGGCGAGCCACCAAUGGCCAGAGAAUAGGAAGUAAUUACCGAUUUCGUGUGUAGAAAAAUGUUAUGCUAGGCUUCCUUAGCCUAGGUAUGUCUGCAAUUUCGUAAUCUGGAGACUUUAAGACAGUCGUUGUGCGUCUGUUUAUCGGUUUAUCUUCAAGAGCCAUAGUUGGAAAGAUCUGCAUUGCUCACCGUGUGUCGGAACUAAACCCUGCGAUAAUGGCUCGUAGUUGAUAGUUAUUUUGGAGGAAUACACCAGCUACAGGGUGACCAAACUGAAGAUUCUAACAACUUAAUAUUCCACGGUUUUCUCAGAGAGAGGCACACCAACACAGCCCGAAGCUGGAUACUUCAAGUCUCAAUCCCUCAUCCCCUGGGGGGGAUGAGCCAAUGGAUGCCGCUUUCAGUGUUCAAAGCCCGCAGAUGAUGGAAAUUCUACAAACAGAGGAAAACCCCAGCAUGGCAGGGAUCUCCAAUGUGGCCUACAUCCAACCAGGGCAGAUAGUGCAACCAGAACUGCAGCUACAGACGUCAGGCUUUCAUUUGGGAUCUAUUCAACAAUUGACAACAAUUAGGGCGUUACAAGCUGGUACUGUGCCACUGACGUAUACAACAUCUGCCAUCCCAACAUUACAGACUGACCUCGGUGGUCAGCAGAUUCUGAUUCUGCAGCAGCCUAUUCAAGAGAUUGUGCCGCAGAUCAAGAUUGAAGAUCAGCAACAGCUUCAGCAACAGCUGCAACAACAGCAACAGCAAUUACAGCUACUACAGCAACAGCAGCAGCAACAGCAGCCGCAACAGCAACAACUACAGCAACAACAACUACAGCAACAACAACUACAGCAACAACAACUACAGCAACAACAACUACAGCAGCAACAACUACAGCAACAACUACAGCAACAAUUAGACUCUUUACAAGUGAUAGAAGAAACUCCACUUGGAGCAGAUUUAGAGAAGAAAAAAGAUGACAAAAACAACAACAUUGAUAGUAGUAAGUGGAAAUCAUUGUACCUUUAAAUUUGGCUCACCAAACUCAUAUACGCAACUCACUUUGACCAUCAUUUAAAAAGCUAUCAGUUCACCAUAAUAUUUAACUAGACUAAAAACAAAAU